AUCGAUAGCUUUUCUAUCCAUAGUAUCUCGAACGCACACCGCACACAUGGAGGAGGAAACACAACCUUUAAAAUGGGAAGGAAAAACCUCUGCACAACUCCCAACAGCAAGAGCACAUGAAGUAUGGCCUUUCUUGGAGGACUUCUGCAACCUACACAAGUGCUUUUGUCUUGAUACGUGUUACCAUGUUGAUGGGAUCCCCGGCCAGCCUGGCCUGAUCCGCUACUGUGCCGCCACAGUACCAUCAUCAUCAGGCAGCCAAGAGGAAUCGGUGAUCACCAUGUGGGUCAAAGAGAAGCUGUUGCUGAUUGAUCCCAUCAAACGGUGUUUGAGCUAUGAGGUUAUUGAUAAUAACAUCGGCAUCAAGUCAUACGUCGCGACGAUGAGAGUAUUUCCAAUCCACGAUGAUGAAGGCGAACGUGGGUGCAAGAUCGAGUGGUCAUUCCUGUGUGAUCCGAUCCAAGGGCAGGGAUUUGAAGAGUUUAGCUCUUAUAUCGAGUCUAAUCUUCAGUUCAUGGUAAAGAAGAUAUAAUAUGCCCUCCUACUCGCAACCUGAAAUAUGGCUCUAGAUGUAUGGUAUUUAUAAUAUUAUUUCUCGAUUUCCUAUUGUGCUUUUGUUCUUAAGUUUUAACAUUUGGAAAUAAAGAACGUACAUCAUGCGCCCUGAUAUUAAA